AUGGACAGUGACAAGAUGGUGGUUUUGGAUAUGGACGGGCCACGGGUGACCGUCUCGAGGGAGAAGGUGGCAUCAGGUCCGGGGUGGUGGAGGUCAUGUGGAGUUUUGCUGCUCGUAGCCCUGUGCACCGCUGCAGCCGUCUGCUUUUCAGUUAGCAGGAUCCAAACCAGAGCAGAUGAAACAGAUUUUUCCUCAACAGAUAUCAAACAUUCACUGAGGCAGAUUUCCCAGACCGCAAGAGCCGCCAUUUAUCUAUCAGGUACUUACAACUCUUCAAUCCACGACUCUGUGCAGUGGGAGGAGGACGCCGACCAGGGGUUCUCCGAGGGCCUAAAACUGGUGAACAACCAGAUCCUGAUCCCCCGCACCGGCAUCUACUUCGUCUAUAGUCAGGCCACAUAUCGUCUCAAGUGCACCGCCGACUCAGAAGACGAUGACGGCCAGAUGCUGCACAUAAGCCACUCGGUGCGCCGCCGCUCCGAUUCCUUUAAGGAUUGGAUGCCGCUGCUGAACGGCGCCAGGACGGCUUGUAAGAAGACGCCCGACGACAAGGACGAGUACUGGUACGGCGCCGUCUAUCUGGGAGCCGCCUUCAGGCUGAACGCCGGAGACCAGCUGAAGACCUUCAUGAAUGCCAAGCUGCUGCCCAGCGUGGAGGAUGAAGCUGGGAAAACGUUCUUUGGGGUUUUUGCCUUGUGA